AUGGAGCAGGCCAUCAGAAAGCAGGUACGGGAUUCAGAGAAUGGCGAUAUGGUGACAGAGCUCGAGCUCCAAUCACUCCUUCCAAAGCUUGCUAGCAUGGGGGAAAACCACAUUUUCAAGCUCCCCGAUGAGGUCCUGAUCAAGGUCUUCGAAGAUGUGAGAGGCGACCUACACGUGUUGCAAGAUGGAAAUCCCAUUGGUAUCAAUGAUAUCAAGAACCUUCGUCUGACAUGCAGGCGAUUCUGCGAUGCCAGUUCUCAUCUGCUCCUACACCGGCAAGAUGUUUCAUUAACAACUCCAUCGCUCGAACAUUUCGACGAGGUCUCCCGUCACCCCACCAUUUCCAAGGGCAUACGAGCUAUUAGGCUUACCCUGUACCAUCCUGUCACCACCAAAAGCCUGCGCGACUUUCUUUAUGAAUUUGUGGGGAUUCUGGAUCACCAGGAUGAAAUGGAUUGCUCGUCUAUAAAGAAUUCUUUGGACUGGAUCAAGCGACACAAGUCUGCCGGUUUCGGCGGUAUCCUCCGGGCGGAUUUGUCCCAGCUUUACAACAACUUAAACAAGCGGAGUAAAGUUGUGCUGUCAUGCACAAAGUUCUUACGAGACGAGGAAUUACAAGCGGAUGAGGUUCGAAUUAUGGAAACCUUGUGCCAGCUUUACAGCCAGCUCACUAACGAGCAAGAGGCGCUUCUGAAAGACGGCAACUUUGCCACACGUGUCGCUGAAGCAAGGGCUAGAAUGCCCAACGCAACUGAGUUGCUCAUCACUGAAUGCAUUGCGUUCGAUCAAGUCAACGGCUUCUUCCGGAAGAGAGGAUUGCCUCAAUGCUGGGCGACUGAUAGCGUCCCUCUACCAAAGCAAGCUCUCGAGCUUCUUUACGAAUUGCCACUCGCCAUUGCCCGAUCAGGCAAUUCGCUGGCCCAAUUGCGCAUCCGCCUAGACCCCCACAUAGAGCACAAGCUGAGACUCAGCAAGCAGGAGACCAGGGACCUACUCAACGCAGCUGGAGACCUGAGAUUGCUGGAGAUCGACUGCCAGAUGGGCAUGAAGGGUUUCAGGACGAAGAAGGAGCCAUCGAAAAAGCUCGUCCAGCACAUUGAGAGGUUAUCACCUGGAACCUACAUAUUUCUCAAUGAGGUCUGCUUGCUAAGCGGGGUUUGGGCUGAUCUUCUUGACGCGCUCUGCGGCAAGGCUGACUGCAACUCAGUUGUGAGGCCAAACAUCACACAAUCCUCUACGGUCAGCUUCGUCCCAGACAGCAUAGGUUCAAGGUAA